AAAAUAUUCCAGAACUCGCUUGAGUUAGGAAAAAAAAAACGAGUUGCAUCUUGCAAGUUGCAAUAACCUCAAUCAAAUCUAUGCAUAAUUCUCUCUCUUCUAUUUCAAUAAAGCUCAAAUCCUUCCAGUUUUCCGCCAUGAAAACCAGGUAAGAAAUGAUAAACAUUACUUUACACCCCCAAAAAUACCUUAAUUUAACCCCUCAUUUAUCCCAUAAAAACAAAUAAUUUCCAACCCACUCAAUCAAAUUUCCCAGAUUUUGUUUCUCCUAGAUGGGAAAGUCACUGCCUUCAACUGCAGGACUCAAGAAUUUUGCCAGAAUAAUCACAUCAGAAAAAAUCUUCCCACCAAAACAAGUAAAACCCACAUCAAACAACAAAGUUUCUACUUCAAUUCCGAAAUCAGCAACAGAACCCACAAAAAUGUCCCGAGUUGACUCGGCCCAACUCAGCCUGAAGAUGGAGAACAGCUCAGUGAGUCGAACUCGGGUACCCUUAGCAGAGGUUGUCUCGGAUUGCGCGAGAAGGUGGUUCCAAGAUACACUUAAGGAGGCUAGAGAUGGUGACACUGCAAUGCAGGUUUUGGUGGGUCAAAUGUAUAAUAGUGGUUAUGGUGUUCCCAAAAACACUGAAAAGGGACGUACUUGGAUUACUAGAGCUUCUAAGAGCCGGUCUUCUGCAUGGAGAGUGAGCGAUAAACAGCCAGGAUAUAAUGCAAGUGACUCAGAGUCACAGGAUAUCAAAAAUGCCAGCUAAAGGCAUCUAUCUUGCAGGCAGAAUGAGUAUCACAUCUUGAUGGUCCUUUGCUUCCAUUUUGUAUGAAACAGAUAUAUAUCAUCUAACUAACAACGAUGUGGUGGAUUUCAUUAUGGAAAUAUGGUGGCAAGCACUUAAGCAUUUCCAAGAUCUGCAAUUUGUUUUUUUUCUAUCUUGUCGUUACAGUUGGUGUCAGACCAAAUAUAUAGUUUCUAUACAUGAUACUUUUUACUAAACUGUGCCAUUUGUUUCAUGAAGUUGCUCAGGGAUUGUGUCGUUUUCUAAUCUCAUCAGGUUCUGAUUAUUGAUUAGUUGUUUUGCACUGCUUGUAAUUUUACUCUUGUAGUCUUUCUCAAGCCUGCCACAUUUACAAUUCUUAAAUCUAUAAAGUGUCAAAUGUAAAUGUAUGUACUUAAAAUCCUAUGAAUCUUUUCUAUAGAGAAACUCUCCAUUGAAUAAAUUGAGGUUUUAUUUCAUUA